AUGGAAGCCGCGUCCUUGCCGCUCGCCACCUCCCGCUUCCUCUCCCCGCCAGCGGCUGCGGCGUCCUGCUCCCGCACGAGGAGCCUCCCUUUCGUCCGCGCCGCCAAUCAGGCACUGGAAGCACGUAAAGUCCCCAAAGCCCAGCGGCCGUCACCCCGGCGCAACGCCGUCGCUGAGGUCAAGGCCGCCCCCGACCCCGUCGCUGCCCUAACCAGGCUCGAAGAUGUGUUGCAGACACAGGACUGCAACAUAAUCUUGCGCCACUAUGGAGAAAUCAGGCGAUGGGAUGUGCUUUCUAAGGUCUUCGGGUGGAUGCAGGAGCAUGACAUGCUCAACAUUGCGUCUUACAGCAGCUAUUUCAAGUACCUGGGGUUGAGCCGUAAUGCUGCGAAAGCUCUGCAAGUGUACGGUUCCAUUCAGGACCAGUCGACCAGAGUCAAUGUUUCUGUUUGUAAUUCUCUUCUCGGGUGCUUGGUGAAGAACGGGAGAUCCGACAGCACCUUCAAGCUUUAUGAUGAGAUGAUACGAGGAGGUCUAUCACCUGAUCUCUUCACCUACAGUACUCUGCUGUCAGGGUGCAUGAAGUUGAAGCACGGGUACGCUAAGGCAAUGGAGUUGAUCAAUGAGCUCAACUCACGCGGUCUUCAGAUGGAUAGUGUAAUAUAUGGUACCCUCUUGGCAAUAUGUGCAUCUCAUAACUACUGUGAGGAAGCUGAGGCAUACUUCAAGAAAUUGAAGGAUAAAGGCCAUAAUCCUAAUCUGUUUCACUACAGUUCCCUGUUGAACGCGUAUUCAGUAAAUUCUUAUUAUGAAAAAGCUGAGCUGUUGAUGAAAGAUUUGAGGUCUUCUGGUUUAACACCAAAUAAGGUUAUACUGACCACUUUGUUGAAGGUAUAUUCUAAAGGUGGUCUGUUUGAGAAGGCUAAGGAGUUGCUAACUGAAUUGGAAGCCUCAGGCUUUGCACAGGAUGAGGUAAAACAUGUGAUGGCAUAUUGCAUAUUGAUUGAUGCACUUGCCAAAGGAGGAAAGAUAUGGGAAGCAACAAUGGUGUUCAAUGAAAUGAAAGAAAAAGGUGUCAAGUCUGAUGGCUAUGCAUUUAGUAUCAUGAUUUCAGCAUUACAUCGAAGUGGUUAUCGUGAAGAAGCAAAAAAUCUUGCAAAAGAAUUUGAGGAUCAGAAUGCCACAUAUGAUCUUGUUAUGCUUAACACAUCACUUCGUGCUUACUGCAAUACAUAUGAUACGGAAAGUGUAAUGAGAAUGCUGAAGAAAAUGGAUGAGUUGAAUAUAUCACCUGAUGAUAUCACGUUUAAUACCUUAAUAAGGUACUUCUGCAAGGCAAAGGUCUAUCACCUAGCAUACAAGACGAUUGUAGAUAUGCAUACGAAAGGCCAUCAACUGAAUGAGGAGCUUUGUUCUGAGGUAAUGGUGCAGCUAGGAGAAGCAGGUUUUCCUUCUGAAGCGUUUUCUGUGUAUAAUAUGAUGAGAUAUAGUAAGAGAACAGUUUGUAAAUCUCUUCACGAGAAGGUUUUAGGCAUCUUAGUUCCAGCAGGACUUCUGAAGGAUGCCUAUAUAGUUAUUAAGGACAAUGGAGAGUCGAUAUCUCCACGCUCUUUGGAGAAAUUUGCUACACAAUUCAUGAUCUCUGGCAACAUAAAUUUGAUUAACGAUGUUAUGAAAGCCCUAAACCAUUCAGGAUGGCGUAUAAGCCAGGAAACCUUUGGUAGAGCAAUUCAGCGAUACAUCCAGAAGCCCGAUAAGAAGCAACUAUUGUUAUGCCUCUUGGACUGGAUGACUGGUCAAGGCUAUUCCGUGGACUCAUCAUCAAGGAACUUGGUUUUGAAAAAUGCACAACUCUUUGGCCAAAAACAACUGAUAGCAGAAAUCCUUUCAAAGCAGCAAGCAGCUUCAAGGAUAACAAAUAAGCUCAUUGAUUAA